AUGGCAGAUAUAAUAACUAAGAACACCAGUGAGUCCGUGGAAAAUAUCAAUAUUAGUAGUGCUCAUCGAAUAGAUAGAAAUGAUGCAAAAGAAUUAAAACAUUGGUUAGCCAAAAUCAAUUGUCAGCAACAUUAUUCAAAAUUUAUUGAACAAGGUAUAACUAUGGAUUUAGUACCUGAAUUAGAUACAAAUUCUUUAAAAGAAUUAGGAAUUCAUAAAUUGGGUGAUAGAUUAAGAUUAGAAAUUGCUAUUUCUAAUUUAAAAGCAGAACAUUUAAAACAGUUGAUAAAUAUUGAUGAAUUGUAUAAUAAAUUAAAUUUAAAAAUGUCAAAUCUGAAUAUUACUGGUUCUUUAGUGAAUUUGAGUAACAAUAAUAAUAGUGCUUUAGAUGUUUCUAAUAGUAAUGAAGGAACUUUAACUCAGCUGAGUCAGAAUAAUUCAAGUAAUAAUUUACCUAUUGGGAAUAUCGGUAAUAAUAAUAGUGGAAGUGUAGUUGGAAGUUUAGGUGGUGUAACUACUAAAGAUGCAAAUAAAACUAUUACUUUCAUUUUACAAGAUGGUUCAAUUAAACGAGUUAAUGUCACUGGUUGUUUUAAUGCACAAGCUAUCAAAAGAAAAGUAUUGAAAAAAUUAGGAUUUAAAUCUACUGAUGUACAAUUUGAUACUUAUAUUCAUUCAAGUCCACAUAAUGCUGAGAAUAUAUUGUAUGGAAAAACAGAACCAACUGUUUCGUAUUUAUAUGAUGUUGAAUUAAUGACCAUAUGUUAUUCACCAGAAAGAUUAGAAAAGCAUAGAAUUAUGUUGAUUCCAAAGAAUGAAAACCCUACUCCAGCAGCUAUUGAAACGUCCAAAAAGAUUAUGAGUAAAUACAAAAAACAAAUAAAUCCAUCUAAAACUGAGGUACCUGAGGAGAAUAAUGAAUUCCAUACUAAAGAUGUUAAAGCUCAUAGAUCUACUUUAAGAAAUUUCUUUGGUCAAAGACCACCAAGUGAAUUGAUUUCUUCAAAUUUAGCAGAAUAUUUCCCAGAUACUAGACAAAAAGAUUUAGAACAGACAGUUAGAAAUUCUGUUAGACAUAGUGUUAGAUUAUCAAGAAGAUUUAAUUUACCAACUGGUGCAUUUUCUGCAAGUUCAUUUUCUGUUAAUAAAAGACAAUCAAUUCUUAGUAAUUCAACUGGAUUCCCAUCUAAUAGAACCAUGUCAAUAUCGUCAGGAGAACAACAAAUUGGAGGUACCAGCGGUGGUGGUGGUGGCGGUAACGGCAGAAGAAUACAGAGAACCAUUGGUGAUGUUAUGGUUAAUAGUAUUAAUGCCAUAGAUGAAGCAGUGAAUUCAAGUGAUACCUUAUCCGUAUUUAGCAAACCAUCAACAUCGUUCAAUACUCAAAUACCGCAACCUUUGAACAAUCAUGAUGCAAGAUCCAUUAUAUCAUCCAAAUCUUUAGCUGGUGGUACUGCCUUGCAUAGAAUUUCAAUUGCUGCUAAUUCUAAUGAUAAUUCCGCACAAAAUAGACUUUCCACUAUAGAAUUGUUAAACCCAUCUGAUUCAGAAGGUGAAGAUGGAGAUGAAUACACAGAUUUUGUUAAUUCUGAUUCUGGUGGAUUAAGUUCAAGUUCUGGAGAAAAUGGUCCCCCUGAAAAUUGGUUGAAAGGUGCUAGAAUUGGAUCAGGUAGUUUUGGUACGGUUUAUUUAGGUAUGAAUCCAUUUACUGGGGAAUUAAUGGCUGUUAAACAAAUUCCAUUAGUUCCUGAAACUGAUGCCAAUAACAAUAGUAAUGAAAAUCUUCAAAAGAAUAGUAUGCAAGAACAGCAACGAGAAAUGAUGUUGUUGAAAGAAUUAAAUCAUGAAAAUAUCGUUAGAUAUUUUGGUUCUUCUACUGAUGAGAAUUAUUUGAAUAUAUUUUUGGAAUAUGUUCCUGGUGGCUCUGUUCAAACCAUGUUGAAUUCAUAUGGACCAUUUGAAGAACCAUUGAUUCGAAAUUUCAUUAGACAAGUUUUGAUUGGGUUGAGUUAUUUGCAUGGUGAAGAUAUCAUCCACAGAGAUAUUAAAGGUGCCAAUAUAUUGAUUGAUAUCAAAGGUACAGUUAAGAUUGGUGAUUUUGGUAUUAGUAAAAAAGUUAGCACCAUAGAUGAAGAAGAUGAAGAUUUUAAGAAAACAGGCAAGAGAGCAUCAUUACAAGGAUCGGUUUUCUGGAUGGCACCAGAAGUAGUGAAACAAACAACAUAUACCAAGAAAGCUGAUAUUUGGUCAGUGGGUUGUUUAAUUGUUGAAAUGUUUACUGGGAGACAUCCAUUCCCAGAAUUGAGUCAAAUGCAAGCAUUAUUCAAAAUUGGUAAUCAUAUUACUCCUACAAUACCUGAAUGGUGUACUAUUGAAGCUAAAGAAUUCUUAACUAAAACUUUUGAGAUUAAUUUUGAAAUGAGACCAGACGCUAUUGAAUUGUUAGCCGAACAAUUUUUAAACCCAUUGAUUAUGUCCAAACAAUAA